ACACACGCAUCGCAUCGCCUUCUUCCUCUUCCUCCGUCUCUCUCUCUCUCUCUCUCUCACACACACACACACACACUGACGUACACAUACAAACCCUAACCCUAUCGUUCUCCUCUGCGAUCCCAACUCUGCUCCGCUCUAAAAUUCUCAGGACUCUCUCGCUCUGAGCUCGUUGACUCCCUGAAAUGAACAGAAUUGUUGUGAGAAGAAUUGCUUCGAAUAAAUAUGGAUUGAAAGUUGCGAGGAAGACUUUUUGUAAUAAUGCAGCUGCAGAAGUAUCUGAUUCGCAAAGCAGCAAUGAGUUAGGUGACAAAGGUGGUUUGACAAAUAAUGUUCCCCAGUAUGACAUAGCUAUAAUUGGAGGUGGCAUGGUUGGCAUGGCUCUAGCUUGUUCCCUAGCAAGCAUGCCACUGACAAAACAGUUGACGGUUGCCAUCAUUGAUAGCAAUCCUGCUUUGGGGAGGAAAGACUGCUUCAAGAAAGAUGAUCCCCCAGAUCCAAGGGUCAGUACAGUCACCCCUGCAACUAUUUCUUUUUUCAAAGAUGCUGGUGCUUGGCAAUAUGUUCAACAACAUCGACAUGCUUAUUUUGACAGGAUGCAGGUUUGGGAUUAUACUGGCCUAGGAUACACAAGAUACAAUGCAAGAGAUGUAGAUAAAGAAGUCCUAGGGUGUGUGGUAGAGAAUAAGGUGCUUCUUAGAUCUCUGUUGUCAUGCUUACAGAACACAGACUUCCAGAAGACAAUCUAUCCUUCCAUGUUAACUUCUAUGACUUUAUCUCCAAGCUUGUCAUCCAUGGGGGUGGAUGGCACAUCUUCAGGAACGACAAUGCCCACUUGCGGAGGUUUAGCAAAGCUGGAACUGAAUGAUGGCAAUAGCCUGUAUGCCAAGUUGGUGGUUGGAGCUGAUGGGUCCAAGUCACGUGUCAGGGAGUUAGCAGGAUUCAAAACAACUGGAUGGAAAUAUUCACAGAAUGGCGUCAUCUGUACAGUGGAACAUGCAGUGGAAAACCAGUGUGCAUGGCAACGAUUUCUACCUUCCGGUCCAAUUGCACUUUUGCCAAUAGGUGAUAAGUUCAGCAAUAUUGUUUGGACUAUGGACCCCAAAGAGUCAUCAGACUGCAAAUCAAUGAGCGAGGAUGAUUUCGUCAAUGCUGUAAAUCAUGCUUUGGAUCAUGGAUAUGGCCCUCAUCCCCAGUCGCAAUUAUUUGGCGGCGGAAACAUAUUGUCUUGGUUUAGACCAGACGUGACAUCAUCUAGUAGUGAGUGUUUUGAAGUUCCACCAAAAGUGGUCAAACUGGCUUCAGAAAGAAUGGCAUUUCCAUUAUCUCUAAGGCAUGCUAAUCAAUAUGCAUCAAGACGCGUAGUUCUUAUUGGUGAUGCUGCACACACUGUUCAUCCUUUGGCUGGUCAAGGGGUUAAUUUGGGUUUUGGGGAUGCGUCUGCUCUUUCAAGAGUCAUAGCUGAGAGCGUUGCUGUAGGGUCUGACAUUGGGGAGGUACAUUUGCUGAAGAAAUAUGAGGCAGAUAGGAAACCAGCAAAUAUUGCAAUGAUGGCAUUACUAGAUGGUUUUCAGAAGGCAUACUCUGUUGAUUUCGGACCUCUAAAUGUGUUACGAGCCGCCGCAUUCCAUGGAGCGCAGUAUAUCUCACCGCUGAAAAGGAAUAUUAUUUCAUAUGCUUCAGGCGAGCAGAGACUACCACUUUUCUCUUGAGAUAGGUGUGUACUUUUUGAAUCAAAUGGUGCUUGCAGAUGAGUUUAUUUUGUAUAUCGGUUCUGUUAUUUUAUCAUCUAGCAUGAUUAACAGCACUACGAGGAAAAAUUUGAAUAAGUUUGCAUGUUAUGGGUGGCUGGUUUAGAAUUGAGUAACUUGUGCCCAACUUUUAGAGCACAUUCGUUUGAUGAAUGUCAUGCACCCAACUUUCACCUUUA